AUGCGAAGAAUACCACGCUACACGAAAAGAUCAUUGGAUCGUUGGCCUCAUACAUCAUUUUCUCAACAAGAUAUAACCGGAGCAACAAAUUCGCUUGAACAAAGCGGUAUUGAACUACCUGAUUUUCAGCCAACCACUCAGCUGAGAACGACAACAAACAAUAGUAACAUCACACAUACUUCUCAAACUAACAACAAUAAUACCAUAGUUUUCACGAAUCAAACUUAUCCAAAUUUGUUAAAUAACAAUAAUUCGAUCAUCCUAAAUAAUAAUAACUUGUUAACGGCAGCAAAUAAUAUUAUUUUAGUGGAAAAAAAAAUAACCAGAAAAGCGGCCACGCCUCCUGACAGGCGACGAAAACGUGUACAAAAAGUCGAAGACAGUGAAACUGCAAGAAAUCCGAAACGAAGAAAAAACGAUACGACAAAUAAUACUGAUAAAAAACAGGCUACAGUUGCUGUAUCCGAUUCAACCGUUCGAAAUGCUUCCAAAAAUGAUUUUUCUCCGGUUUCUUCUAUACAAAGUGAUUCUUGUUCAAAUUCGAAUCAUACAUCUGAAUCAAGUCUUUCAUCAGCAACAACAAAGCAAGUUCAAACUGAUAUCAUGGCGCUGAACGUGUCAACAGUUUUAACUCCCGGUGACAUUGAAGCAAAGAACAGUCAAAUUCAAACAUUAUCAAGAGAUAAAGAUGAACUUCGUCGACAAUUGCGAGACAUACAGCGUGAUCUAGAAAAACAAUCAAAUGUUUUACAAAAAUGUCUAGCUGUGAAUAAAAAGCUGUUGAUUGAGAAAUCAACAUUAGAACGUAAACAAGCAAGACAAAAAUGUAUGGAAAAUCGUUUACGUUUAGGUCAGUUUGUUACACAACGUCAAGGUGCUACAUUUGUUGAAAACUGGGUGGAUGGUAGCGCGUUUACAGAUCUUGUCAAACAACAAGAAUUGAUUCAACGUGCUCGCGAGGAACUUGAACGUGAACGACGAUCAUUACAAAAACGUCGACCAAAUUGUGAAGUGAAAGAAAAACCAGCCAAAACGUAUAUGCGAGCAAAAAGCAAAGAUCGAAGCGAAUCUGAUCAAAAUAGUAACGACGGAACAAAAUUAAACGAUAAAUCAAGAUCGUUAGUGACUGAUUGGUAUGAACAAGAUGAAAUUUUACGUUUACGACAAGCAUCAUUGAAAAAAGAAGAAACAGAUUUACAAAUUGAAUAUGAAAAACUUGAACGUGAAAGAAAUUUACAUAUAAGAGAAUUGAAACGAAUUUAUAAUGAAGAUCACUCCAGGUUAGAGUUAUUGAUUUACAUUCACAACAUUUUUUUU